UUCAUGGAAAAAGUGCCACCCCACCAAUGAUAUCAAAUGACACCAUCGCUGUUGUGUUGUUGUUCUGCUGUGUCGUCGUGCAUGCACAUGUUGUGUUUUAUGGUUUGCUAAACAAGCGUAACGUAUGCCAAGCAUUAAUAAAUGGAUGGUUGACGUAUUUUAAAUUCCCUCGAAGCAAAAUGAAAUGAAAGAAGGAUAGUUAUGGAAUACAGUAAAUUUGAUACUGAUUCAGAUUUUUUAAAGAUUGGAUUCGACAAGGAAAAUUGAUCAAAUAAAUUAGAAAAUAUGAAGCAUAAAAAGAAGAAAACUAAAUCAAAGAAAGAGUUAGGACUAUCUGAUAACUCUGUGAAGAUACUGAAAAACAAGAAGAAAUCAAAACAUAAAAUUAAACAUUCUUCAAGUAAAGAGAAAAAGGAUGCAAGUGCAAAGAAGAAAAACAAGCAGCAUUUUGUAAAAGGUAUAUUUCAGAAUGAAGAUUUAAAUGUUGAUAUCAACAAUAUUAGUAGUGAGGUGUCUGCUGCUUGCCAAGGAACUUCCAAGAACACCUCAGGAAGUGCUAAACAUUUAAAAUCAACAUUAAAAACCAAGAGCAAGACAUUUGAUUUGAAUAGUAGUAACUCUUCUCUCCCACAAUUUUCUAAUGAUAUCACAAAGCUAGCAACAAGUACACCACGUCUUACUCAGCAACAUAAGAACAUCGCACCUGAUAUUGGGAUCGCAGAGACAUCCAAAGGAAUGCUUAGUCAACAAAGGACUAAAUUAGAUGAAAUACGUUGUGGACUUGAAUCUCGCCUUGAUAAAAAUACUUCAGAUGUAUUAAUGGCGCAAGUUUCUGCUCUGUUAUCAAUGACUCCACAAUCUCAAAUGUCUCAUAAAAAGAAAAAGUCUAAAAAACUGAAAAAACAUAAAAAAGGUAAGCAUGAUUCAAAGGAUAAACCUAGGAAAUCAAAGAAAAAAGGUGAUUCUCAUAAGCAAAACAAGCAUAAGGAAACCACACUAUUAAGUGAAGGUAUUUUAAAGGAACCUUUGACCAAUUUACCACCAUUAAUAGUACAAGGAAUGUCAGGCAGAUCCCCUAGUGUUGCUGCUACUACCACCUCUAGUGAAAUCAAACUAAAACAGAAUGUUGGAACCAGCAGGAAGUCAUCUAACGUACAGAUCAAUCAGCUUAUUAACAGUCUUCCAGCAAAAGCACAUACAAAUCAAAGAACUGAUAUUGUAAAUAACCAACAAGGAAAAUCAACUAAAACAGAUGCUAUGGGAGCAAGUCAACAGCCAUUUGUAAAUAAACCAAGUGUUAAUCAGAAAGAGCUUGAGAAAGUUGUAGGUCGACAGAAGAAGACAAGAAAUUUAUCGUGCAGCUUUGAUGAUGAGAGUGAACUUGAUGUCAUUCCUCCUAAAAAUUUCAAGAAAAUAAUUAAAGAAAUUGAUCAAACUACUUUACCUGAUCUUAACUCAGUGGUAAGAAAAGGUAUUGAAGAUGACGACAACCAUAUCACCAAUGCACUGGGGGAAAAUGUAGUGCUGAGGCAUUCUGAAGUUAUCAGUGUUAGUGGCAAAGAUGCAGGUCUGGUCACCAGCGUCAUGCACGUGAAGAAAAAUAACAUGGAAGUUUUGGGGGUUAUUGAAAAUAGCAGUGAAAGUAUUCUUCACCAUGACAAAAAUGGUGAUGCUGGAGUUAAAAACAUGGAACAAGAACUAAUAAAGAUGCCUGAUGGAACAAAGAAUGAAAGAAAGAAAAAACACAAGAAAUUAAAGAAGAAAACCAAGAAAAGAAAGUCAGAUGGAAAGCACAAGAAAUCAAAACAUAAAAAAUCAAUUAAAAAAAAUCAUAAUGAAAAGAAAAGUGAACUUAAAAAGAAAGAAAACAGUGUUGUAGGAGAGGUUCAGAGUAAUUGUUUUAACAAAACGCAGCACAUGAAUGCUACUGACAUUAACAUUGAUCUACAUUUAACUGAACCUUACUCAAAUCAUACGAAUGAUGUAGGUAAGCAAACACGGAGUUUGUUAAUGAUGGUUGAUGAUGUUAAUGGUGGUGAUGAUGAUAACAGGAACAAUUUAAAUGAAAUGCUUGCAAAUGCAGAGGGCGGUGUAUCAGAAACAAUAUCAACAGGAAAAGAUUUAUAUGAAUUGAAUUUUAAUGAAAAUAAAACCUUCUCUAGAAGGGCACUUAGUGGAACAAAUGAAAGAAUUUAUGAUGCAACAUAUUGUGAAUCUACAAUAAAUCUACCUAAAAUAUCAGUGGACCAAACCAGUGAUCUUAAAGGAAAGAAUAUGCACAAAAGGAAGAAGAAGAAAUCAAAAGAAAAUAUUGCGAGCAAUGAUAAAGUUGAUUGUGAAUUUAUUAACUAUUCAGAUUUUCUUAUGAAGAAAGUCUCUCAUAAAAAAUCCAAUCAAGAACCUAAAAGUAACUUGUCAACAGUAGACCAAGAUAGUAACGAUCUAAAGGAAACAGAACUGAAAAAAAGUACAAAGAAUAAGAAGAAAAACCAGGUUUAUGAGGAAAAUGUUUGUGAUCCAUUGAGUCAAAAUUUGUAUGUGAAAUUCACGAAAGCUGUUGAUGAAACACUAGUAAGUGAGGAAAGUAAUGGUAUAACUAAUGUUCAUCAUAAAAAGAAGACAAAGGAGGACAGGAAAAAACCAAAAACCAUGGAUGAACAUAUACUUGAGAUUCCUGAAAUUGGUGAUAACAUAAAUGAAAAUUACUUGUCAGCUGUUGAAGAAAUGGAUGAAAAAUUGGUAGGUAAAAAACAUAAGAGAAAAAAGCAUAAAAAGAGGCAUUCUGGGGAAGGUAACUUGGAACCGCUUGAGGAGUUAAAAUCUAGUACUAGUACGGGUAUUGAAGUAUUUCAAGAAUUGGAGAAGAAAAGAAAAGCUGAUGAUGCAACAGACAUCACUGAAACUCAGACUGUAAAGCGGAAAAAAACCAAAAGUAGUAGUAAAAAAAUAAUGAAUAUUGUUUCAGACAGUAAAACGGGUCGUGAACCACAGAUAAUAGCUGUGAGUGCAAAUGGUCAUGGUAAUAUAGAAAAGAAUCAGUGUGAUGGAGGUGGCAUUAGCGUAGAUGAUAAUGAAGACGCAGCCAAAAAGCUUGUGCUACUGCAGAAUAAGAAAAAGAAAUCAAAGAAAUCUAAAAAAGACCUAUUUGAAAAUUCUGCUGAAGAAAACAUUGGAGAUCAAUUGGAGACUUUUGAAGGUGAGGCACCUGCAAAAAUGAACUGCGAAAUAGAGGAGGGGGUAACUUGUAUUUCGAAAAAGAAACACAAAAGAUCCAAUGAAUGUAUUCAUGAAAAGGAGGAUACAAUGACCAGAAGUAAUAUUGAAGACAGUCUUGUUUCGUGUAGUGGUGACGCUUCUGGAAAUAAGAGUUUUGAUGUAUCAGAGGAGGCACCAAGUGUAACAAAGAGGAAAAAGAAACACAAAAAAUCCAGUGAAUUUAUUCACAGUAAGGAGGAUGAAAUUAAAACAGAAAGCAGCAAUACUCUUAAAGAUCAUAUUGUUACUUGUGGAGAACAGGAUGUAUCAUCAGAUAGGAAUUGUGAAAUUUCAAAGGAAAAUAAAUCAAAGAAGGAAAAGAAACUCAAAGGAUCAGUGGAGAAUAACCAAGAACAGGAGAGCAACACAAGUACUGGAAUUUCUGAAAUGAUUGAAGAUCAUCAGCCGACAUUUGAAGGAGGAGAAGUAUCAGCAGAUAAGAGCUGUGAACAGACAAAACCUGAAGAAAGUGCUAGCAUGUCAAGGAAAAAGAAGAAGAAACACAAACGUUCCAUAGAAAUGAGCCCACCAGAUAACAUUGAAGUCAAGACAGGAUUUUAUGAUACUCAUGGACAUUUGGUUUUAUAUGAAGAAGAGGAACUAUUGGAAAACAAAGACAGUGAAGUUGCAGUGGAUGAAACUAGCUCAAGGAAAAGAAAGCACAAGAAACAUAAAAGAUCCAUAGAAGUGAACACAGAAAAUGAGAAUAAGGGGGAGACUGAAAGUCAUAAUGUUGCUGAGGAACAAGUUGUAACGCUUGAAAGAAAGAAAUUGUUGGAAAACAAUGGGGAUAUUGCAGAACAGACAAGCUUUUUGAAAAAGAAAAAGAAACGCAAACGAUCCAUCAAUAAUAGUGAAGGAAUUGAGCAAGAAGUGAAGAUAGGAAGUCAUGAUAUUGCUGAACAUUUGGUUAGUUUUAGAGAAGAAAAAGUAAUAGAAGACAAAAAGGGUGAAUUGGCAGAGGAAGAGAAUACCUUGUUAAAAAAGAGAAAGAAGAAGAAACGUAAACGAUCCAUUGAUAUAAGCCAAGAAGAUGAUGAUGAUGAGGUAAAGUCAGAAAGACAUAAUAAUAAUAUUGAAGAACAUUUGGUUAGUUUUAGAGGGGAAAAAGUAUUGGAAGAAAACAGGGGUGGAUUGGCAGAGGAAGAGAUUACCUUAUCAAAAAAGAGGAAGAAAAAGAAACACAAACAAUCCACUGAUAAAAGCCAAGAAGGUGAGAAUGAGAUUAAGAUAGAAAGUCAGAAUAAAAAUGAUGAAAAACAUUUCGUUAAUUUAAGAGAAGAGGAAUUAUUGGAAGACCAAGGAGGUGAAUUUGCAGAAGAAGAGAUUAGCUUGUUGAAAAUAAAAAAGAAGAAGAAAAGGAAACACAAAAAAUCCACUGAUAACCAACUACAUUUGUCUGCUUGUGAACUACAGGCAAUACCUGAAAGUAUGAGCGGGGAAAUUGUAGAUGAAGGGACUGAUGUAUCAGUAAACAAAAAUAUAUCAAACAAUAUAAUUGACAAAGCUGCACAGGAAGAUAAGACAUAUAACAAAAAAAGAAAGAUGAAAAGAAGCAAAGAGUUAUAUAGGGAACCAGUGAUGGAUAGAAAAACUAGUUCUUCAGACAGUAGACCUGAGAAUGAACAGAAUCACAAUGAUUAUGAAAAUGAAGAGGUUUUACGGGGAGGUCCAAGUAAUUAUAGAGACACUCACAAGGAGAAACAUAAGGAGGAUUGGAGGGAACUGAAAGAAUCAGAACAUGAUUAUAAAGAAAAGAAAAUGUUAAUAUCUAAAGACAAUAGUGAUAAGAUACUAUGUGAAAACACAGAAGAAAUUUUAGAUGAUAUUAGUGUCGGUAGUAAAUGUGAAUUAGUGAUUGAUGAAACACUUUCAUCUGGAGAGAAUGACAUCACUAUAGAUGGUGUUAAAUCUGAUAAAAUUGACUCUGAUGAAACAUGCAUUGAUGGUGAGAUACCAAACAAAGCUGCUGAAGCAGUUAACAUAUGUAAUGUCUCACAUCAGAGUGACUAUGCUGAAGUUUGGGAAGACUCAGUUGGAGAUGAAGAAACAAUAGAUGACAACAUUGUCAUCAUGGAACUGGCGAGUUCUUCUCAUGUGGCACCUAAACUUUUAACAGAUAAUGAUGAACAAUUCCUUCAGAAAUGGAAGUUCACUUCAAGAGGGUUUCCUAAGAAUGCCAACGCAUGGAGGAACCUCACAGCUCCCUUGCCUCAUUCAUGGAAGUAUGAAAGUCACAUGAAUGAUGAGGAGAACCUGCAAGAAAACACGAUCAAAUCAUUCUACAAUUAUUACUGGAAGAACAAUCCAGACCUCCUCAAUAAAAAACAUAAGAAGUCCUUAAACUCGAGCAUAGUAGAAGAUUCAAUAAUGUCUGAUUCGAGUAAAGAGAAUGAAGAUAGUGAUGAAAGUGCCAAAAAUUAAAUUAACUUUACAACUGUUCAAGUUGAAUGUACAGUUCCUGUAGUGAUGGAAAUGCAAACAGUGAAAUUUAACUUCCAGUUCAAGUUGAUAAAAUGAAUAAUACAGAUAAUGUAGUGAUGGAAAUGUUUUAGUGAGUGACAAAGUGAUAAUAUACAGCAUCCUGGAAAUAUAUUUUUAAAGAUAUAAGCAAUAACAGGAAAUUCAUGGAAUUUAAAAAUAUAACUGGGAAAAUAUGCUGACCAUAAAAUAAUAUAAAUUUAUUUUUUGAUAUCCUUACUUCUCUUUUGGUAUUACUUCAUAGAGAUGGCCAUUCAAAAGUCAGGUUUUGAAUACUGCAUGUCAAAUUCAAAGCCAAUCUUUAUCUGAGCUACUCAUUCCUAAUAUCCACUGGGCUUUUGCUGGGGAAAAUGCUGGUUUUCAAAAUGGAAUAUAAAGUAGGGAAAGGGCUUAUUCCCAAUGUGGGCUUAUACUUGAGGAAGUACUGUAACAUCUACUACAGGUCUCCCUUCAGAGGCUUAUUUAAUCGAUUUCAUAGAUAGAUAGUUUUUACUAAUAUGUAGAAAAUACAUAUUUUGUAGUUUUUCCUCUUUUUUGGGGCGGUGGAAAACUAAGGGGGAAAGAAAAUGAUCUAGGAAACAAAUUCCCAUUCCCUCCCCCCUCCCCCCUGCUUUUGCUGUCACUGUUCUCUUUAGAAUAAAAACAAUAGACAUUUUUUAAUAUGGGACUACAGAAAAGUGGUCUUUAAUUGGAGGGGUCUUUAAUUAGAGGGAGACCUGUAUUUAUAGGUAGUGGGAAAUGAGUCCGAUAUUGGUUUUCACAAUCGUUUACUUCUUGUACAUUAAUUUGUUGACAAUGACAUGAUGGCAUAUGAUCACAUUUAUAAUAUAAUAAUAGUAAAUAUUCUGAUUUGAUCUUGUUUUCAGAAAAAAAAUGAUGAUUUUAGAUGGUAACAUGAAACUUUAAAUAGUGUAAAGAUUGUUGAUUCUAUUGUAUACUCUUUGUAUUUUGCCAUAUAAUAAAUGAAGAGCAUCUUACUA